AUGGUUGCAAGUGACCCAGUCUUGGUUACAACGUCCUUCGGCGAGGUACUAGGGCGGGAGACUGAUGGCGUAUUACAAUUCUUCGAUAUACCCUAUGGAAAAUUUGAAUCGGUCAAACCAUUCCAGGAGCCCGACUUACCGAAUAAUUGGACUACAACACGGGAUAAACUGAAACACAACUCUCUGUGCCCUCAAAUGAAGGACGGUAUAUACGAGUAUAAUUAUGACGAGGAAAACGAUUGCCUCUCUUUAAGUAUUUUCACACCUUCCAAAACCGAUCCUUCAGGUAAAAGUGAGAAAUUUGCCGUGCUGUUCCACAUUCAUGACAGUUCCUACGCUUCUGGCAGCGGAGAUCCUAACGUUUACAACCCGAAAAAUUUGGUCGACAAUAAUAUUAUUCUGGUACUACCGAAUUACAGACUCGGAGCAUUAGGAUUUAUGUGUUUACUAAACGAGACUGCGCCGGGCAACGCCGCCCUCAAGGACUUGGCUCUCGCGUUGAAUUGGAUUAAAAAUGAGAUAGAAAAAUUCGGCGGUAACUCUUCCAACAUCGUGGUGAGCGGUGCGGGCGUGGGCGGCGCUUUGGUGGAGUAUUUACUGAUAUCUAACACGUCGAGAAAGUAUAUUUCCAGGGCCAUCACAGAGAGCGGUUUCAGUCUUUCGCCGUGGGCUAUCGAUAGAAACCCUUUAGCGACUGCGAGUCCCUUAAAAGAUCUAUUAAAGGAUACACUGGAUAUUAGAGACAUAGUAACUGAGAGUACUAAUAUAGAGUUUAGACCGUGUAUUGAAAAAGAGAACGGUUUCAUAACGGAAAGCCCGUGGCAAUUGUUGAAGGAGAUUAAAAUAGAGCUAACGUAUAUGGUGGGGACGGUAAACCACGCAGCAUGGCACAGAGCAGUGGAGCGGGUGGCAACAGAGGACCGAGUGUCCAUGUUGAAUAGUAACGCGUCGCUGUUUCUGCCCGAUGAUCUCGUGUUCCACAACGACGACGAGAGACAACAAAUCGGAAGGCAAGUGAGAUCUUUAUACUUCGGUGCGAGAAAUAUCACCGCGACUGAUGUAAAUCAGCUUUCCCAGUUGAUCACUGACAGCGAAUAUCUAAAUCCAGGAUUACGCGGUGCGAGAUUGCUAUUAGAAGGUGGAUCGGAGGUGUAUUUCUAUGAGUAUUCCUUCAAUAAUCCAGCAUUGACACCAGGCUUUAAUGCAUCUACUCGAGGCAAUUCAUUGGACUUUGUGUUUGGCCGAGACCCUGUUCCUGAAAGUACGGAUAGUAUGAAAAAUGUAAUGAUUGAUUUGUGGACAAGCUUUAUAAAGACAGGGUAAGUGUUUUUUGUCGGAUAUCUGGUGUGUGAAAUAUAGUAAAGUAAUGAAAAUUAAUUACGAGUACAGACACACAGUUGGGGAUAAUUAAACUACACUAAUAAAAUAACCCCAUGUUUUUUUCCAGGAAACCAUCCGCAACUGACGUCACAUGGAAUCCCUUGAAGAAGGUGCCAGCGACUGAUGAGAAAUGGCUCUCGAUAGGUGCUACAGCACAGAUGCGUCAUGGGGUAUAUCUGGACCGCCUCAGACUAUGGCAGGAGAUCUACGACAGACACUUCAUAGAUAACUUGGGCUUUGCUCAAAGACCUAUAAUAUACGUCUAUGCUUUAACGAGCGGCUUGUCACUCUUUAUUCGCAUGUCCUUAGGGCCAUGAAUAUUAAUGUUUUGAUUCUAUAUCGGAAGUUACGAGUAAAAAUAAUAAGCCCACAAUCUAUGUUAUCAUAUUAUCUCUACACAACGUGAAUUGAUCUGUAGCACAAUUUGGUCAACACUGCUACUUCUCAAGCACUAAUUGUGCAGAAGAUAGCGUUUAAGUACAAUGGUGUUUUAAGGUGAAUAGUUACAAUAGAAACUAACUAUUACAGUAGCUGAAGAUGUUUUACUCGGAUCUCUUUAUAUUUUGAAAACAACUUCGUUGUCGUCGUUAAUUAUUUCAAUAACUUAUCCUUUAUAGAUCUUAAGUUUUGUUGUAUCAGUAAACUAUUGAGCCUCUUUAUUUAUUUCUAAAUUAAGUUUCGUGUCUAUAUGCCGGCGCUACAUAUAGCUUCAAACAUUUGAGCAUUUAAAUGACGGACUUGUACACUAUUGAAACAACUUGCUCUGCAACUACAUAUUUCUGCAACUACAUAUUUCCACAGUGAUUUAACUUUCAACGCUUUGAUACACACGCUAAAACACGACACGUGCAUUAAUUUGAGCAAAGAUUCAAAAUCCCUCCAGACACAAGCUUCAUCAUAGUGUACAAAGUUUGCCAACGCAAUGUAGCGCCAAUUACUGUAUGUUUAUAUAAAUAUGAUUUUUAUUUGCGAGUAUAUACUCGAAGUUACAUUUACAUUCUAUGUAAUUAAAUAAAAUUAGCAGUUCUAUU